GCUUGCAUUAACCGCCGCUUUUAUCAGCGGUGGGCAAUGUGCGAAUAUUUUAGGCGUAUUUACUAGCCUGAGUCCCUCACACUUGCUCGUCCACAUGUCUGUGGCUAAAGUGUUGGCCGAGAAUGGACACAAUGUAACGGUGGUGACUGCGCUGAAGCCGCCGAUCACCCACAAGGAUAUUAACAUUGUGCGGGUACCUCUCUCUGAGGAAGAUCAGAAAAAGAUGAGUGCCUCCAUAGGCAGUAUGGCAAGCAAUGAUAACACGAAUGUAGUUGCUAUGAUGUUCCGAACCCUAGGCCAAAUGCGGUUUAUGUUUGAUAAAACGAGAGACAUUACAAUGAGUCCGAUCGUGACUGAUCUCUAUGAGAAUAAAGGCAACAAGUUCGAUUUGGUCAUAGUCGGCUUUUUCAUAAACAACUAUCAGCUUGGAAUAGCGCACAAGUUGAAGACUCCUGUGGUUAUAACCUCCGCCAUGCCCCUAUCGGAAAUGUUCAGUCAUAUGGUAGGCAAUCCAAGCGAACUUUCGUACGUGCCAACCUUUAAUAUGGCCGUGGAUCAUGGUCAGACACUGACGUUUAAGCAGCGUUUAACCAGCUACCUCACAUCUUUUGGAUUUUCUAUUUUCAGCAUUGUCCUAGAAAACCAGAAUUUAAAAUAUUACAAGCAAAUUUUCGGCGAUGAUCCCAACAUGCCCAGGUACCAGGAUCUUACCAAGAACAUAUCACUGAUAUUUUUUAAUUCGCAUGCGAUCAGUGAGGGUCCCAUCAGACCAAACGUGCCCGCUGUCAUAGAAGUUGGAGGAAUUCAAAUCAAAGAUCAGCCUGAUCCGUUGCCCAAAAAUAUAGCUGAGUUUCUCGAUACCGCGCCGAAUGAUGCCAUACUCUUAAGCUUGGGUUCCAAUGUUCAGGGUGAACAUUUAAAGCCCGAAACUGUUCAAAAAAUGUUCAAUGUGCUCUCGAAACUCAAGCAACGCGUUGUUUGGAAAUGGGAGAACUUGGAUAAAACACCCGGGAAAUCAUCAAAUAUACUCUUCUCGAAGUGGCUGCCACAGGAUGACAUUCUCGCACAUCCUAAGAUCAAACUAUUCAUCACACAUGCCGGCAAGGGUGGUGUUUCGGAGGCUCAAUACCAUGGCAAGCCUAUGUUAGCACUUCCUGUCUUCGGCGAUCAGCAUGGAAACGCGGAAAAAAUGGUGAAAGAGGGUUUCGGACUGACUAUGAAGCUUUUGGAAUUGGAAGAACAACCUUUCCAUGAAAAUAUUCGUAAGGUGCUAGAGGAUCCUCAGUACGCAGAGAAGGUGAAACGAUUCUCACAGCUAUAUCGCGAUCGUCCCGCAACGGCCCGUCAGACCGUACUCUACUGGAUGGAAUAUGUCCUUCGACAUCAUGGUGCUCCCCACCUUCAGAGUCCUGUUGUCCAUAUGAGCUUUAUAGCCGCCCACAACUUGGACGUAUAUGCGUUGAUUAUCAGUUUGUUGUUAGUGUUUUUGUUUGCAACUAAGCUUGUUAUAAGGUUUAUUUAUAGAAAAUGUAUAAAUAAGAAAAUAUCAAAAAAUGCAUCAAAGAAAAAGAUGUAA